UCAACCGCUAGGCAGAACGAGCUCAUCUAUUCAAUCCCAGUUCACUUGUUUCUAGUUUCGAUAUUGUUCCAACCAUAGAAACUAUAUAACACUUAAACACUGUCUGCUUGUCUUAGAAAUGCCGUGACAAUAACUAGUAGGGUUGGCUAGAGUAGAACGGGAGGAAAAGUGGUGGUUUUAUUUUGUACAAAUUAACGGCCUUGGGACAUUCUGUUGUUGUAGAGAGCCAGAGAUGUCUGACGCUGGCUCAGACGAGGAGUUGGAGCUUCCCGCACGGAUGGAGGAGGGGAGUCACAACGGGAGUAUCAGAAAGGGUUGUGAUCCGUGUUCCCAGACCCAGCGCAGUAAGCUGCAGCACCAUAGGGCUCGUAUCAACCAGCAGAUCAACAAGGAGAUGAGGAUGAGGGCUGGGGCUGAAAACCUCUUCAGAGCCACCACUAACAACAAGGUAAAGGAGACUGUGGCUCUAGAGCUGAGCUUUGUCAACUCUAACCUGCAGCUACUGAAGGAAGAGCUAGAGGAACUCAACAGCAAUAUGGAGGUCUACCAGACCGAGAGUGAAGCCAUCAAUGUUCCCAUGAUCCCACUGGGUCUGAAGGAGACCAAGGAAGUGGACCUCACUGUCCCUCUCAAGGACGUUAUCUGUGAGCACUAUGGAGAGGACAGCUCUUUGUUUGAGAAGGAGAUCAAGGAGUUUAUGGAGCUCAGACAGGCCAUGCGUACCCCCAGUCGUAAUGAAGCAGGUUUGGAGCUUCUGAUGGAGUAUUAUAACCAGCUGUACUACCUGGACCAGAGGUUCUUCCCCUCACACAGAACACUAGGAGUCCACUUCCACUGGUAUGAUUCUCUAACAGGUGUGCCGUCGUGCCAGCGUGCAUUGGCGUUUGAGAAGGGCAGUGUGCUGUUCAACGUGGGGGCUCUCUACACACAGAUAGGAGCCAGACAGGACCGCUCUGCUACAGCUGGCAUAGACCAGGCUAUAGACGCCUUCCAGAGAGCUGCAGGUGCAUUUAACUACCUGAAGGAGAACUUCUCCAACGCUCCCAGUCUGGAUAUGAGUGGCCCGUCACUAUGCAUGCUGGUCCGCCUGAUGAUUGCCCAGGUGCAGGAGUGUGUGUUCGAAAGAGUCACACUCACAACUCCGGACACGCACUUCGUCACCCAGCUACAAGUGGCAAAGGAGGCCGCGCGGGAGAGGGGACGUGUAUCUGAUGUGUAUAGCUUGGUACUCCAGACCAUGUCUCAAACCCUUGUGAAGGACUAUGUCCCGUUCUCCUGGGCCUCCAUGGUUCAAGUGAAAGCAGAACACUUUAGAGCCCUCUCUCACUACAAUGCUGCUGUCGCUCUCUGUGACCACACCCAGUCCAUUGAGGAAGGGGGUGACGAAGAGUCAGCGACAGCUCUCUUCCAGUUCCAUGUCAGUCCUCCUGCUGGACCCCCACUCAGUCAGGUGCUCAGAGACCCUGAGGACAGACGCAAACUGGGGAAGGCCCACCUGCGUUGUGCAGUGAUCAGACAUGAGGAGGCUAUGAGAGUACAUGGUCUAUGUAAGAUCCUGAGGAAGAUGGAUAUUCUACAGGAGGUGCUCUCUUUCAUGUACAAACGCUCCAUUGACAAAUACUCUGAGAUGGACCGAGAGGACGACUUUGACGAGACCGCAGAGGCCCCCGAGAUACACUCUCAAACCCAGCACAAACCAGACAUCACACCACCCAACUUCUCCACUGUCCCAGUCACUGACAUCUUCCAAAGGCUGGGUCCCCUGUCAGUGUUCUGUGCGAGGGCACGCUGGGGGCCGGUGCGUGUGGUGAGUCUCCAGCGAGGGGACGGGGGUUUGGGGCUGACUCUUAGAGGAGACUCUCCUGUCCUUGUGGCUGGGGUGGUGCCGGGGGGAUGUGCCCAGGAGGCAGGUUUGAGGGAGGGGGACUAUAUAGUGGCGGUGGAUGGAGAGGACUUUAAGUGGGCUAAACAUGGAGAGGUGGUCCACAUCCUGAAGAGCUGCAGCGACAGAGGCAUACAACUCAGCAUCAUCACACUGCACACACACCAUACACAGGUGGAUAGGAGGCAGGUGAUGCUCUCCCCCAGUGGAGACGAAGCAAACGCUCUGCAACGUACCAUGGGCAGAGCUAAGGGGCAGAGCACCGCCCCCUUACACAACUGGAACAGGAAGAAGAAUGGGGGAGGAGGCAGAGCCACCAAGAGACUGGGGAGCACCUUCAGUCUGCCGUUUGGAAACCUUCGGGACUGUGAGUCCAUGUACUGAGAUGUAUACAGAGGGACUGUGAGUCCAUGUACUGAGGGCACAACAAACAUGUUAGUCUAUUCCAUACAGUGCACUACCAGCCAAUAGUAGUGCACUAGAGAAUAGGGUGUCCUUUCAGACAGUGCCAUAGAUAGACAAACCACUCAGGGAAUGACAGGUGGACAUGUUACAAUACAAGGAUGUGUUGUAAAUGACUGGAUAUUGAAUGUGUUAUUGCAGCAAGAAGAGGAGGAUCGUAGGAAAGGAUGCUUGGUCCAGAUUACAGCAACUGCAGAGAAAGUUUUAGAAAGCAGGUGACUGCAUGCAUCUGUCGCUGAGGGAGUUAAGACAAUGUAAAUGAUGUCCCAAAAUAGGCUAAAUGUCGGGGCCCAGUGUUAUUGUAGCUUACUAUUUUAGAGAUGGUAGAAGACUUAAUGUCAAACUACAGCCGCUGAUCCAAAGACCACAUGUGUUAAUCAGUGAAAAUAUAGGUGUAUAAACACUUUUCGCCCUUCGUGGAGAAUAAUAAUGCUUCGUAUACUUUCAAUGCAUUUUUUCUGCAAAAGCUGGGUAAAUGCUCCCGUAAAAAAUGGUGCACAAACAGCUUUUACAUUUUUUGCGUUUACCCUCCACUACACCACUGGUCUUAAUGUUAAAAACAUGUUUUACUGUAUCCCAGAGUCGUGCUUUUCCACUCCAGUUCUAACGAGGUCACUCCACUCUCAACAGUAAAAACAAGGACAUCCAUUCAGGACCUGAGUUUAGCCCUCACUUCCUCAAGUUAAAGCAUUGUGCAGCAGAGAAUGUAUAGCUGUAGCCAUAGCACUGCAUUCCAUUCUCCUACCAGUGUUCUACAGUUGUUGAUGUAAAGUCCUUUGGUUCUGUUUGAUGGUUGAGGACAAAUGACUACCUUCAAAGUAUUUCAAUGGUUAUACACUGAGUGGACAACAUUAGAAACACCUGCUUUUUCCAUGAGACUGACCAGGUGAAAGUGAUGAUCACCUGUUAAAUCCACUUCAAUCAGUGUAGAUGAGCGGAGGAGACGGGUUAAAGAAGGACUUUUAAGCCUUGAGACAAUUGACAUGGAUUUGUGCUUGUGUGCCAUUUCAGAGGGUGAACGAGCAAGACAAAAGAUGUAAGUGCCUUUGAACGGGGUAUGGUAGUAAGUACCAGACGCACCGGUAUGAGUGUGUCAAGAACCACUAUAGCUGCUGGGUUUUUCACUCAACAGUUUCCUGUGUGUAUCAAGAAUGGUCCACCACCCAAAGGACAUCCAGCCAACUUGACACAACUGUGGGAAGCAUUGGAGUCAACAUGGGCCAGCAUCCAGCCACACUUUCAACACCUUGUAGAGUCCAUGCCCCAAUGAAUUGAGUCUAUUCUGAGGGCAAAAGGGUGUGCAACUCAACAUUAGGAAGGCGUUCCUAAUGUUCUUUUCACUCAGUGUAUGUGUAUUAGUUUUUCUACUGCUGUUUUGUACUACAUUCUUAUGCACUGUGACUUCAUAUAGGUGCAGAACAAUGAAUAUGGUGUAAUUGCAGACCACAAUUUGGGAUGUUUCUUAAUAUGGGUGUUCCCUGCUUUCAGGAAAUGCCCAUUGAUACCUGCCAUCGGUCAGUUCCGGUGUUAUGAGACUGAUGGUUUCUCAACACAUGAUUUGUUUACAUAGCAGGUUAGGUGGAUUAGUGAGCCAUGUUUGGAGACUGAGGUUAAGGUUAGGAAAAAGGUUAGGCUUAGCUACAAUGCCACAGAAAUGACCACGGACCAAUGGCAAGAAUCAAUGGGUGUAACUUUUUAUAUCAAGAAAUAUAUAUAUAUAUUGGAAACCGCCCCUAAUGGUGUUCUGCAAUUACUCUCUUCUUGGGAAAACAAAUGCUCUACAUACAGGAAACUGCCAAAAAUAAAGGCAACACCAACAUUAAGUGUCGUAAUAGGGUGUUGGCCACCAUGAGCCAGAACCGAUUCAAUGCACCUUGGCAUAAAUUUGACAAGUGUCUGGAACUCUCUUAAAGGUAUGCAGCGCUAUUCUUCCACAAAAUAUUCCAUAAUUUGGUCUUUUGUAGAUGGUGGUGUAAAACGCUGUCUCAGGCUCUGCUCCAGAAUCUCCCAUAACUUUUCAAUUGGGUUGAGAUCUGGCGACUGAGAUGGCCAUGGCAAAUGGUUUACAUUGUUUUCAUGCUCAUCAAACCAUUCAGUGAUGACUCAUGCCCUGUGGACGGGGGCAUUGUCAUCCUAUUGGGGCAAAGACAUGGUAGCCAAAAUCAUGGCCUGCCCAGCAUUUUAUACAUGACCCAAGGCAUGAUGGGAUGUUAAAUGCUUAAUUAACUCUGGAACCACACUUGUGUGGAAGCACCUGCUUUCAAUAUACUACUGUGUAUGCCUUCAUAUACUCAAGUGUUGCCAUUAUUUGGGCAGUUACCUGUAUCUUGUGACACUGAAAUGGUUAACGUGGUACAUUAGGGGAUAUACGGACUUAGUUGACCUACUACUGCUCAGACCAACACAGCACACAGAUUUUAGAAUAAUAAUUAUGUGUUGUUUUUAUAAGACAUGCUACUAAGUAGAGUUGAAGAUGAGAAUGGACCGUCUACCAAGUAGAAACCAGCUAUCAAUCUAAUUUAACAGCAUAGAGGAAAGCUGAUGCUACAUUUAUUAAGGCCGCUUUUUCUUUUUACAUUUUCAAUAUUUGGAUACCCAAAUAGUAUUUUGAAAUUCCAAUAUUUCAUGUUAUUUGCAUCUCAAUUAUGAAGUUUAGAUGUGUGUUUCUGAUUUGUGAAAUCUGUUUGCCAUGGUGUUCUGUGGUGUUGAUGUUUGUUUUUGGUUGUGUGCAUUUCUGUGAUUAUUUUAGAUGUUUUGUUAAUUAAGGGAUUUGUACUGCUUUCUUUUGUUUGAGAAACUGAAAAUCAUGGCUGGCUGCUCAUAUAUAAUCAACUGUCUAUUCCUGUGUGUGUGAGAGAGUGUGACUUGCAGACUUUUCUAAAUUUAAUUAAAGGAGUGGAUCACUGAUUUGUCUCCAUUGAUGGUAACCGGUUCUCAGGGUUGUCAUGUUCAGUUAUAUAAUUGUAGUUCUGUGGUAACCAGCAGGUGUCACUAUAACCCUGGUUAUAGUAUCAGAUAUGGCCAGAUAAGUUUGAGUCUUUUCAAAUCAAAUUUUAUUGGUCACAUAUACGUAUUUAGUAGAUGUCAUUACGGGUGUAGUGAAAUGCAACCCAUCAUUAAAAAAAACAUUGCUAUUUAUGAAAAAUGCUUUGAUCCAUUGAUGUGUGUAUUGUACAUAUAAUAGGUUAUACAUGUCUAUGUAACACAAUUCUCACUAAAGAAGCCCGCAUGUAAAUAUUAGAGAGACCGAGAGAGAGGGGGCCCUGUAAGAUUUGAGAGCUGAAAAUAGCUUUUUUUUCUCAGGUCAUUGGUACUGUCUCUCUCGGCUGUCCCAUCUCUACAUACGUGUAUAUAUAGUGUGUGUGUGGACACCCCUUCAAGUUAGUGUAUUCGGCUAUUUCAGCCCCACCCGUUGAUGACUGGUGUAUAAAAUAAAGGACAGCCAUGCAAUCUU